GUAGUUUUUACAUUUUUUAACACAACUCCCCUGCCCACACAAUGCCCCUCACCUGCUGCUGACCGAGAGGGAAUCCCAGCCGUGCAGGUAACCAACAAAGCUCCCAUUAGACUUGACAUACCAUAUCAGCCCCCAAUACCAGAGGCUGAAGAUCCUAUCGACCAACAGGGAGCUCUUGUAUCCGAGAUGAAGGUGACUACUAAUCACUCUCAAGCCAUGGGCUACCCAACUGCUCUGCACUCACCACCACCCACUUAUCUUGUUGCCAAAGCAGAGUUGAAGUGGCAUGGAAGGUCUCUAGGAACAUUCAUGAUACCUGCAAUACUGGGCACUGCUUGGAUCCUGGCUGUUCAUGUACAGCCUCAGCAGCUCUGCAGAUUGCGCAUCGGCUGA